AUGGGAAGUGGGAAAUCCAAGGAGGAGACGGUCAAGGAGAAGGCCCGAGACUGGCAGAGGCAGAUCCGCGGCGAGUCCCGGCGAAUCGACCGGGACAUCUCGCGGAUGCGUCAGGAAGAGGAGAAGCUCAAGAAAGAAAUCAAAACCAUGGCGGAAAAGGGUCAAGCAGCGAGUGUCAAGACCUUGGCGAGGCAGGUUGUGCGAUCCAGGAAGGCUGUUGCUCGACUCGAGAGGACAAAGUGUUCGAUGUCUGCAGUGAACCUGCACCUCACUACAGCAGUCGCAUCAAUGUCCACGGCCAGUGCUCUGAAAAUGUCCAGUGGGGUGAUGAAGGAGAUGAACAGGCUCAUGAAUGUUCCCGAGCUGCAGCGGACGAUGGAGGACAUGCGCCAAGAGAUGAUGCGUGCGGAGAUAGCAGACGAGAUGAUGGAAGAAGGGUUUCAAGAGUCGGAUGACGAGACUGAGAUAGACUCCGCCGUGGCCAGAGUGUAUGAGGAACUUGCACUGGACAAGUCGCAGCUGCUGGACACAGGAGCUGCGACAGCGGCUCCGGCCCCCGUCGCCACUCCUGCCCCGGAAGCGGAGGACCCACUGAUGCAGCGGCUGCAAGCACUGCAAAGGUGA